CUGUUAAAAAAAAAAUAGCAGCAGCACUAAGAAAAAAGUUGUGCUGAAAACCAAAUUGAGAGACAACCCCAAAGUGUUGUUAUUGCAAGUCCAUCGUUAUUAUAUUCCCAUUCAAAUCCACCCCUUUACUUUCUUUCUUAAAUUCUCCUGCUAAAAAUCGAAUCUUUACAAUUCUUGAAUCUUGAUCAUUUGGUUGUUCAAAUUAAAGGGUUGCUGAAAUAACACUUUAAUCAUAAAUAUAUACACAAAUAUAGACACACAAUCUUGAAAUCUUGAUGAAGGGGAUGGAGAGUUUGCAGGAUCUGAUAGAAGAAGUAAAGCUUCGAACUGUGUGGUGGGCCCUUUGUAUUUUUGCUGUUUCUUACUUCUUAACACAUACAAGUAAAUCAAUGUGGAUGAAUAUCCCUAUAUCUGUUCUUAUGGUCUCUGGUUUACGAAUCUUAUUAAACGAGAUAGAUUUCCAUUGGAAGGUUCGAAAUAUCCAACAAAAAACAUAUCUAUCCCACUUAGAAAAGAAGCAGUUAUCUGUUAAUGAUUCCGAGCUUCCUGCCUUGCCAACCCCUCCUAAACGGAAGAAAAAAAUUGAUUCUCCCAUAAUAGAGGCUGCAAUGGAGGAGUUUAUUGACAAACUUCUGCAGGAUUUUGUCGUAGAUUUGUGGUAUUCAGAAAUAACACCUGAUAAAGAGGCCCCUGAACUGAUACGCGCAGUUGUCAUGGAUGUUCUUGCUGAUGUAUCUGGUCGAGUCAAAGAGAUAAACUUGGUUGAACUAUUGACAAGGGAUGUUGUGGACCUUGUAGGGGACCAUAUAGAUCUCUUUAGAAAAAAUCAAACUGCUAUUGGCAUUGAUAUCAUGCAAACUUUGUCAUCUGAGGAACGCGAUGAGAGAUUGAAGCAGCAACUUAGGGCCUCUAAGGACCUUCACCCGGCCUUGAAGUCUCCAGAUUGUGAGUACAAGGCUCUUCAACGCCUUAUGGGUGGAGUCUUAGCUGUAGCACUUAAGCCACGGGAAGCUAAAAGCCCCCUCAUCCGGUGCAUUGCUCGGGAGCUUUUAACAUGUUUGGUGAUGCAACCACUUUUAAAUUUAGCAAGCCCCAAGUAUAUCAACGAAUUGAUUGAAUACAUAUACCUUGCUAUUAAAGAUUAUGGUUUUGAACAGGCAGGUGAUGGUUCACCUGUUGCAGAAGGUCAUAUGCGUGAUCAUGUUCUUGCAGACUCUCAACAACAUAGCUCAGAGUCCAUGAGUAUUAAUGGAGCUCCAUGCAAUCAAGGGACUAAUUUUUCAUUUUCAAAGUGCGACAAUGCAAAAGAAUUAUCAGUGGCGGGUUCAGGCACCCGUCAUGAAGAGUCUGUGCAGCAUAUAUCUGCCGAAUGGGCUCGACCUCUUGAUGCAGCAAGUCAGCGCAGGACAGAAGUUCUUAUGCCUGAAAAUCUUGAAAACAUGUGGACAAAAGGAAGAAAUUAUCAGAACAAGGUCAAGAAAGGCCCUAAUACUGGAAUCCAGGCUGCAAAGAGUUUAGAAGUUAAUAGUGUCGUACUAUUAAAAGAUAACGAAAGAGGAUCACUCGCUCACAAACCAGAAUUUUCUACAAAAAACCAAGCUAAAGCUUCAGGUCAAACACCAUCUGGCCAUCUUCCAGAUUUUCGUCUAUAUAGUCAGAAGGAAAAUCCAGAGGAUCUUUCUUGGGAACCAGGCAGGGUUGCAUCUUUUAUAGGUGGUUGCAGUGUUGAUGAAUUUAGUGAUGCCCUUGUUGCCACCGGAAACAGGAGUAAGAUGAAAAAAUCAAAUAGCACUUCUGAUUUGGUUAUUUUACCAGAUAGGGGUGCUGAUGUUUCAAGCAAAAUUGGCGGACCAAUCAUAUCAGAGUUCUACAGUCCUGAUUCGGGUGGGCAUAAUCAAGUAGUUACUGUUAAUAGCGCUUCCCUUAUGGUGUUAUCUAGUGAGCCACAUGCACCCAAGCUUAAGUGCCGGGUUAUAGGAGCAUAUUUCGAGAAAGUUGGGUCAAAAUCUUUUGCUGUUUAUUCAAUUGCUGUGACGGAUAAUGAAAACAACACUUGGUUUGUUAAGCGGAGAUAUAGAAACUUUGAAAGAUUGCAUCGCCAUCUCAAGGACAUUCCUAAUUAUACUCUGAAUUUGCCUCCCAAAAGAAUCUUCUCUUCGAGCACUGAGGACACUUUUGUGCAUCGACGCUGCAUUCAGCUUGACAAGUAUUUGCAAGAUCUACUGUCGAUAGCUAAUGUAGCAGAGCAACAUGAAGUGUGGGAUUUCUUAAGUGUUUCAUCAAAGAAUUAUUCUUUUGGAAAGUCUCCUUCUGUGAUGCGAACCUUGGCAGUUAAUGUGGAUGAUGCGGUAGAUGACAUUGUACGCCAGUUCAAAGGGGUAUCAGAUGGUCUAAUGCGAAAAGUUUCUGGUUCAUCUUCUGCAACAUACGAACAAUCUUCUUCAAAUUAUGGCAGGAACUUAUCCCUGAAAGAAGAUGAAAUAGAAAAAUUGAUUUUGAGACAACAUACUGCAGAUUCAGCUAACCAUUUCUCCGAUGACGAGGAAGGCGAAAAAGAAGAUGCAAGCUAUAGCGGUGAGAGAUCUUUUGCGGAUACUGACCAAUGGCAUUCAGACAAUGAAUCGGAUUCGAGGGAAUUCUUGUCAAUGAUGGAAGAACAUGAUGAAAAGCUUAAAUCUGAUGUUGAUAAACACAAUUCCAAGCUUCAGUCCAAAUCAACAAGCACUAGUGGUUUUCCUAGAGCUAAUGUUCCAGCAACUUCUGCCCAUCUGGAAGAUUUAAGCGGGGUCCCACAAGAGUGGGUGCCACCAAAUCUAUGCGUACCUGUGUUGAAUUUAGUAGAUAACAUCUUUGAGCUGAAGAAAAGAGGCUGGCUCAGAAGACAGGUCUUUUGGAUUUCAAAGCAGGUACUACAGUUGGUAAUGGAAGACGCUAUUGAUGAUUGGAUCCUAAGGCAGAUUCAUUGGAUCCGAAGAGAGGACAUUAUUGCCCAAGGAAUUCACUGGGUUCAAGAUGUUCUCUGGCCUGGUGGUGCUUUUUUCCUGCCCUUGAAUAGUAAAAGUAAGAUAGAUAAUUUUGAACGAGAUGAGGGUAGUUUACGGAGUACAACUCAUUCGGCCAGAAGUACGGCCUCUGAAGCAGGGUCUUUUGAAGAGCAGCUUGAGUCUGCUCGGAGAGCCAGUGAUGUCAAGAAAAUUUUAUUCAAUGGAGCUCCCGCUGCUCUAGUUGGCUUGAUUGGGCACAAUCAGUACAAGCGAUGUGCUCAAGACAUAUAUUUCUUCCUGCAGUCCAGUAUUUGUUUGAAACAACUCACGUAUGGAAUACUCGAACUUGUACUCCUGUCCAUUUUCCCGGAGCUGCGGGAAAUUAUUUUGGAUAUGCAUGAGAAGACAAAUGAUGAAUCUGUAUAGAAAGCUUUGUUUUUCGAGUAAUCAAGAAAUUUCUGACCUCAAAGCUCUUGACUGGUGUCAACAAAAGUAAGAAUGUAGUUUUGUACACCUUUUUCAUGUCCAUAUAGGUUUUUUCCAGUAAUGUUUAGAUUUUUGUAAACAAGCUUAGCUAGGUGAGGUGUUCAAAUUUUUUUGGGUUUGUAAUUAGCUUCACUGUUGCCCAGUCUAAUCUCACAAAAGUUGGAAUAGAGUAUGUGCAGAAGUAGUUAUGAUUCUUACCUCAUUCA